AGCAGGCAUCUUGGACAGUCUUAAAUGGAACAAGUUAGGUUCUCUCGUUAAGAUGCGCGCAGUAACAAAAUAAAACGAAUGUUUCUCCUCACAAGUACCAUAAUUAAUGCCUUUGAUCAUCAAGUAAUCCCUGAUCGAGGUUUUCUCUAUCUGUGUAGCUCCACAAACCAUAUAUCUUCCCUCAUCCCCACCUCUCUCUCUCUCUCUCUCUCUCUCUCUCAAACUAAUUGAGAGUAGAGAUAAAAAGAGUGAAGAUCUUUGGUUAUUGAUCGAGAUGGAUGAUCACAAAGCUCCUCCUUCUUCAAAUACUCCUCUGUUGAUGUAUACCCCUCCUACCCUCCACAAAUACGAAGAGGCUAGUACUGAUGAUCAACAAUAUGCAUCACAUAAACGUGAACAUUCACUUUAUCAGCUAUGGAGGCCAACCCUUACAGAGGUGGUUCAAGAGAUCAAACAACUCUACACCAUAGCCAUCCCCAUGAUCAUCACCGGCCUACUCAUCUACGGAAAAUCCGCGAUAUCGAUGCUUUUCAUGGGUCGCCUAGGGAAAGAGGCCUUAGCCGGCGGGUCUCUUUCAGUUGGCAUUGCAAACAUCACCGGCUUCUCCAUCAUCUCGGGCCUCGCCAUGGGAAUGGAAGCCAUCUCUUCUCAAGCCUUCGGAGCCAAGCAAUGGGCCAUCGUGGCACAAACCCUCCACCGAACCACCGCGAUACUCAUUCUCGCUUCCAUACCAAUCUCUCUCCUUUGGCUAAACAUCAAUCCAAUCCUCCUCCUCUGCGGCCAAGACCCAACCAUUUCCUCCAUCGCCUCCACCUACCUCGCUUUCUCGAUCCCAGACCUUUUCUUCCAACCCUUCAUAAACCCUCUCAAAAUUUACUUGCGUACCCAAAACAUAACUCUUCCGUUAAUGCUCAGCGCAGCUUUUUCGCUCUCCAUUCACGCCCCCAUCAACUACUUUCUAGUGCAUUAUCUCCACCUUGGGAUUAGAGGUAUUGCUAUGGCAUCGGCCAUAGCAAACCUCAACCUACUAAUAUCCCUCUCCCUCUACACACGAUUUUCCAGCCUUUCUGACAGAAAUGCUGGAAAAUCGUGGGAACUGAUCACCUCGAUAACAUGUUUUAACAAUUGGAAAAUGCUUCUAACGCUAGAGCUUCCCAGUUGCGUUUCCGUUUGUUUGGAGUGGUGGUGGUACGAGCUCAUGAUAGUCUUAGCAGGUUUACUACCAAACGCCGCGGAGGUGGUGGUCACCAUGGGCAUCCUUCUACAAGCCACUUCGCUUCUCUACAUCUUCCCCUCCGCGUUGAGCCUAGCCGUGUCAACUCGGGUCGGGAACGAGUUAGGCGCCAACCAACCCGGCAAAGCGAAAACCUCCUCUCUCAUCGCGCUAUCUUGCGGGGUUUCAAACGGGUUUGUUGCCAUGCUAUUCAUAAUGACAGUGAGAAAUGGUUGGGGAGGGGUUUACACGGUUGACGGCGGCAUUUUGGCGGCGACUGCGGCGGUGAUGCCGGUGGCGGCGCUGUGUGAGGUCGGAAACUGCCCACAGACUGCGGGGUGCGGGGUGUUGAGGGGCAGUGCGAGGCCAGCUUCAGCGGCUAAUAUAAACUUGGCAUCCUUCUAUGGAGUUGGGCUUCCGAUUGCAAUUGUAAUGGGCUUAGUAAUGGAUAUGGGCCUUCAGGGGUUGUGGUUGGGCCUGUUGGCGGCCCAGGUUGUGUGUGCUGUAUUAAUGGUGUUUGUGUUGAUGAGAACGGAUUGGGUACAAGAGGCCUGUAGAGGCAGGGAGCUGAUUGGGAUUGACGAGAAGGACCCUAAAGCACAGGAGAUAACCCUACGGUAGUUAUUUUCCGGGGUUAUUGAAUGGGUUUUUUUUUUUUGUUGUUAAUAUUGGGUUGCUUUUUUAUUUUGUUAAUAGCGUGGUGUU